AUACAGAUUUAGAUUGGCAAAUUGUUUUAAUCUAGGUUUAAUUGUACCUCAGUUGCAUCUUAAAUCAUGUUAAAUCUUGUGAUUUGUCUUUUCUUUCUGUUUCAGGAAACUUUACCCAGAACAUAUCUUAUUGAAACAGCAGAUGAACCCAUAGAACCCAUACCACAUGCAGUAAAUCCAGUGGUAAACUCAAACCUAUCCAAAGCUGGUGAUGACUAUUCCAUUGACAAAGUUGGUGACACAACCCUCUCAAAAGCUGUUGAUGAAGUAGAUCCAGUGAUAGACACAAACCCCUCUGUAGCUGGUGAUGACUAUGCCAUGUGGAUAGAUGAAAAUGGAGAGUCCCAUUCUUGCCAAGGAAAUAUGGGUUCUAUGGACUUCAGUACCCCUCAAUGGAUAGAGCAAGUUACACCAUGUGCUAGUGUCACAUUAAACUUAGGUGGAAAUACAUUUAAAGUUCGUAAAGGUAGCGAUGAUACUUCUCCUGUGACCCUCAAUGGAUUCCUUGUAUCAGUGGAACAAUACAAAAAUGCCCUAAAUGGAGGAACAGUGUCUCUAUCUAAUGAAAAUGGAGACGCUACUGCUGAACUAAAAACUUCUGCUGAUGACACUGUUAUGCUAGAUGGAAAAGCUUUAACUAAUGUUGAACUUAAAAGUGUAACGUCAAUUGGUUAAAUCCUGUAAAACCUUCCUGACUAUCAGUUUUAAUAUGGGUGACAUAUAUAAUUAGUAAAUAAAGUUAAUACACCUGUACUUAA